AUGCGUGUCACCGACAUCAUCUCGUGCGCCCUGCUACAAGCGUCGAUAGCAUUAUCGACUCCAGUUGAAGAACUUGGAACAGAGGCUGUUGCGGCAAAACACCCGUCCGUGCCGUCUCGCCCGGGAAAGGCAUCCUUGGUGCCGGGUUCCCGAAACAAGACCUGCACGCUCAAGGCUCUCGGUGGCGGCAAGGAUGACUCUGCGAAUAUUCUCAGCGCUGUUAAGGAAUGCAACAAUGGAGGUCAUGUUGUCUUUCCCAAGAACCAGCAGUUCACCAUUGGCACUGCUUUGGAUCUUACGUUCCUCAAUGGCAUUGACCUAGAUAUCCAAGGAACCAUCCAAUUCACAAACGACACUGAUUACUGGCAGGCCAAUUCCUUCAAGCAGGUUUUCCAGAAUGCAACCACCUUCUUCCAGCUUGGAGGCAAGGACAUCAAUGUCUACGGUGGCGGUACCCUAGACGGCAACGGCCAAGCCUGGUACGACCUCUACGCCAAAGACAUUUACAUCCUACGACCCAUUCUCUUUGGCCUGAUCGGCGCCAAAAACACUAGGAUCUCUGAUCUCAAGUUCCGCUACAGCCCACAGUGGUACACUCUGGUCGCCAACUCGAGCGAAGUUGUCUUCUCCAACAUUGACAUUUUCGGCGACAGCACAAGCAAGAAUCCCGCCAAGAACACUGAUGGCUGGGACACCUACCGCUCCGACAACAUCAUCAUCCAAAACUCCAACAUCAACAACGGCGACGACUGCGUCUCCUUCAAGCCAAACAGCACAAACAUCCUCGUGCAGAACCUCGUUUGCAACGGCAGCCACGGCAUCAGCGUCGGCUCCCUCGGCCAGUACCCCGGCGAAGUCGAUAUUGUCGAAAACAUCCUCGUGCGCAACAUCUCCAUGUCCAACGCCUCAGACGGCGCACGCAUCAAAGUCUGGCCCGGCGCCUCUUCCGCGCUCUCCGGCGACCUGCAAGGCGGCGGCGGCAGCGGCGCCGUACGCAAUGUCACGUACGACGGCAUGAUUGUCAAGAACGUCGAUUACGCGAUUGAAAUCACGCAGUGUUAUGGACAAAAGAAUUUGACCUUGUGCAAUCAGUUCCCCUCCAACCUCACAAUCUCCGACAUCACCAUCAAAAACUUCAAGGGCACAACGAGCAAGAAAUACGAUCCCCGCGUCGGCUACGUCGUCUGCUCCAGCCCCAAGGUAUGCAGCGAUAUCUCGAUUGAGAAUAUCGACGUCAAGAGUCCGAGUGGCACAAAUCUUUUCACCUGUACGAAUAUCGAGGGGAUCCAGAGUCAGGUAAAUUGUACCGUGGAAGGGGACAAGGGUGGUCACUCGUAA